UUUUAUCAGCCUUGAUAAGACGUUUAUUUGGUCUUUACGAUACGCUGUAUCGAUGUGCUAUAUCUACAUUAUCAAUUAUUAUACUACCAUAAAUAUCACUAUGCGUUUGCAACUUCUCGUUGUGCGCUGGAAUCAACGCGAUGAUUGAGCGUGGACGCUCAUUGCGCAUACGAUCGUACGUCUAACUUGGUAAACUGCUCCCGUCCGCUUGGAAACUUAGUGCGCCGCUUCCUUUAGGCGAACAAACACGUCCGACGGCGUGACACACACCAUCUCAUAAUCGUUUAUCAUCAAACUAUACAAUUUAAUGAUUAGUCAUUAGAAGAAAAAGAAACAAAGAAGAUAUCCCCAACCGAGCUUUUAUUCCAGCGUCUCUUCUUUGCCGUGGAAGAUAUAUUUCUCUUUUUCACCGAACCGGCUUCUCUCCCCCUUAAUAACUCGCCGGUUAUUUUUGUACCGCAACAUGGAGUAUAAUGACACACUGCUGAUACCGGGUCAUCGCAUACGUCCGCCCAUGACCGAGGAGACGGUAGUUACUCUGCUGGAGCGACUUUAUGGGAUGAGGGCGACAAGCGUGCGCGAAAUAAACGCUUACGACGACCGAAAUUAUCACGUAUUUUGUGAAGAAACGCACGUGAAUCCACACGUGAUUAAUCCGGAGAAGACGGGUUACGUUUUCAAGGUGAUUAACUCCUUGGAUUCCCGAAAAACCGGUGUGAUCGAGGCGCAGAAUGAAAUGAUGAUCUUCCUCAAUCAGCGAGAUAUCUGUUGCCCUUUACCGGUCAAGAACAUGAACGGCGCUUAUUUCUCUCUCGAGAAUUUAAAGAGCGAGAACACAAUGGAGAAGUACGCCGUAAAACUGUUGAUCUAUCGUCCCGGUGAGCUUUUACACAGUAUGAAAAUAACUGCGAAUUUACUACGCAAGGUCGGCACCUACACUGCCAGAAUCGAUAAAAUUCUCAUGGGCUUCGAUCAUCCCGCUUACGAUGACCACAAAACACUGUGGAUGUUGACUUCGGCGCCGCGAAUACAGCAGUUCACGUACGCUCUCAAGAGCUCGUUGGACAAGCAGCUGGUGCACGACGUGCUCGUAAGUUUCGAGAGGGAUGUGCUGCCGAUUACGGACCAGUUAGAGCAAGGGAUUAUACACGGUGAUCUAAAUGAACAUAAUAUCAUCGUAAAUCCCGGCGGCGAAGACAUUGUUGCUGUGAUCGAUUUCGGAGACACUCACAGAACUUGUCUCAUUUUUGAACUUGCUAUAGUUCUGUGUUACAUGAUUUUGCAAGCGGCCGAUGUAGCGAUGGGUAGACACGUUGUGGAGGGCUACGAAGAGAUUAGAAAAUUAUCCGCUACAGAAAGAAAGAUUCUCAAGAUCAGCGUAUGCGCGAGAAUGUGUCAGAGUCUGGUAAUGGGCGCUUACUCACACCUGCACGAUCCCGAAAAUAAUUACUUGCUGAGCACGCAAAAAACCGGAUGGAUGCUUCUGAAGAGACUGUGGCCUAUGAGUCAAGAUGAAGUGAUGAAAGCUUGGGGAUUGAAUUAAACAAACACAUGAAAGCGAUGGAUACAAUCAAUUUGUUGAAUUGCGCAAUGACAAAUUACUAUUUGAAACGCGAAGUCUGCUUUCUCAUCUUGAGUAGAGUUUUAUAUAAGUGUUAAUUCUAAUUUCACAAAAGGUUUACUUCUAGGUGUAUUUUGUCACGCAUCGUAGGUCAAUAAUUUGAGACGUAGUCUUAGAUUUGUAUGCAAACUUUUGUAUACACACUGUUUUUUUGCCUUAUAUUCUGUUUCUUUUUUAUUAUGACAAAAAGCUUGUCGGAAAAAAGUGCCGUACAAGUAAUUGUGAAAAGUUGAAUUUUGCAGUUAUAAACUUUUUUGGUUUUUGUUUUUUAUUUUUUAUGUUUCAACUUAUAUAUUUGGAUGUUAUUUGCACGAGAUGUUCACACAUUAUUGAAAAAAAAAAAAAAA